AUGUCCCUCGACCGCUCCAUCAGCACAGAAUCGGACCAUAUCCCAGAACGCAAACGCUCUGCCUCCAUCCGCGACCAGCUCAGAGGUUGGCAUGCGAACAGGGCAGGCAGAUCUUUUGUCCGCUGCAUGAUCCCCUCCAUCAGGCAGCCGGUCGGCGGCGAAGAGCCAGAGACAAAGAACCCCUUCAAGCAGAUCGCAGCCGUUCCGCCUUUUGCCUGGCUGCUAUUCUUCUCUGGAUGGCUCGCCUGGACUGUGGACGGGUACGACUUCUUUUGUGUGUCAUUGACCCUGGACGACCUCGCGGAGCAAUUUGGGGUCUCUACCUCGUCCAUCACGACUUCGAUCACACUCACCCUGCUGUUCAGGUCCCUUGGGGCCGUCAUUAUUGGCCUCUGUGCCGACCGUUAUGGUAGAAAGUGGACACUGGUCGUUAACUGCCUGUUCAUCAUGGUUUUCGAAUUGGGAAGUGGAUUCGUCAACACGUACAAGCAAUUCUUGGCUGUCAGGUCUCUGUUUGGUAUCGCAAUGGGUGGUAUCUGGGGAACUGCAGCCGCUACUGGUCUUGAGAACGUCCCGCCUAUCGCCCGAGGUCUUUGCAGCGGUAUCCUUCAACAGGGAUAUGCCGUCGGAUACCUUCUUGCUGCUGUCAUCAACCUGACUGUUGUUGAGACCUCAAAGUACCACUGGAGAUCCAUCUAUUUCUUCGGUGCAGGCUUUUCCCUCCUCGCUGCCAUCAUCCGAGCAUGCUUGCCCGAGUCGGAGCAGUUCAUCCAGGGCAGGAAGGAAGCAAAGGAAAAAGGGAUCAGCAGUAAGCAGGCGAGCAAGACCUUUGUCAGGGAGUUGGGCAACAUGUUUAGGACCAAUUGGGUGCGAUGGGUUUGGGGUGUCCUUCUGAUGACAUUCUUUAACUUCUUCUCUCACGGUUCCCAAGACCUCUUCCCUACCUACCUCAAGACCACCAAAGGUUUCUCUGGUAAACUUGCUUCAAAGGCCACUAUCAUCUCCAACUGUGGUGCGGUAGUCGGCGGUACUCUGGCCGGAUGGUGCUCGCAAUUCCUCGGACGACGAUUUGCCAUUCUUGUCUGCUGCGUCUGGACGGCUUGCUGGAUUCCCCUCUGGAUCUUGCCCAACGACUUUGGAGGCCUUGCUGCCGGUGGAUUCUUCAUUCAAAGUGGUGUCCAGGGCGCGUGGGGUAUCGUACCCGUCUACCUCGGUGAAAUCUCUCCCCCUGCCUUCCGUGCUCUCUUCGGUGGUCUCACCUACCAACUCGGUAACAUGGCUUCUGCCGGUUCCGCCCAAAUCGAAGCCACCGCGGGCAAGACUCUCAAGCUCAAGGGCACCUCCACCCCCGACUAUGCCGCCGUUAUGGGUAUCCUUAUCGGCGUUGUCAUCGGGUACGGCAUAAUCGUCGUCAUUCUCGGACCAGAGAGUGAUGGUAGUCAUUUCGAAAAGGCAAGAGUUGCUAUCGAGCAAGGGGUUGGAGAAGAUGCUCCCGAGGAUCUCAUCGAGACCAGGAGGAAGCAGAAUGCCAAGGAGCUUGACCUGGAUAGGAAGGGCAGUCUGCAGCAUGUACUUUAG